CGACGACGGAUUGCAAUUUUAGCACCACAAAACAUCGCCCAAUCCGCCAAACGAAAAACGCCCAUCCCGCCUGGGCCUUUUGCGACCGACAUCGACGACAACACCCCAUGGAGAUUCUCCCCUUGUAACGGCCCUUCGACCCUCGACUUUUCUGCGUUUCCCUCUCCUGCCUUUUUUCUUGUGGUGCAUCUUUGUUGCCCCCCUGACGACGACAACGUUCCUCCCUUUGGACUCCCGUCUUUCACUCUCUGCCCCGGAGAGACCCUCAGCUGUGCCCCUCCACACUUCGAGGUGACCGACCACACAACGAACCUAAGUCCACCCGAACAACAAAGGCCGCCCCGAUCGUGACAACGUCCUUCGACAUUCUUUGGACCACCCUGCGAUCGGACUCAAUCAAUCUGUUUGUCUCUUUCUCUGCAAAUUGAUCUCCCGGAUUACGCUGCAUUGCAACCAUGGAGAACUACCAGAAGCUCGAGAAGAUCGGUGAAGGUACCUACGGUGUCGUCUACAAGGCCCGAGACCUUCUCAAUGGCGGUCGUAUUGUGGCGCUGAAGAAGAUUCGCUUGGAGGCCGAGGACGAGGGCGUCCCCUCCACCGCCAUCCGCGAGAUCUCCCUCCUCAAGGAGAUGCGCGACCCCACCAUCGUGCGCCUCUUCAACAUUGUCCACGCCGAUGGCCACAAGCUCUACCUCGUCUUCGAGUUCCUCGACCUCGACCUCAAAAAGUACAUGGAGUCUCUCCCCGUCAACGAUGGUGGUCGCGGCAAGGCCCUUCCCGAGGGCAGCUCCGAGUACCUUGGCCGUCUCGGCCUGGGCCAGAACGUCAUCCAGAAGUUCAUGUGGCAGCUCUGCGACGGCGUUCGCUACUGUCACUCCCACCGCAUCCUCCACCGCGAUCUCAAGCCCCAGAACCUGUUGAUCGAUAGAGACGGCAACCUGAAGCUGGCGGAUUUCGGUCUCGCGCGCGCCUUCGGUGUUCCUCUGCGCACUUACACCCACGAGGUUGUCACCCUAUGGUACCGUGCCCCGGAGAUUCUUCUUGGUGGACGCCAGUACUCCACCGGCGUCGACAUGUGGUCCGUUGGCUGCAUCUUUGCCGAGAUGUGCACCCGCAAGCCUCUCUUCCCCGGCGACUCCGAGAUUGACGAGAUCUUCAAGAUCUUCCGCUCGCUCGGAACGCCGACCGAGGAUGUCUGGCCCGGUGUCACGUCCUACCCUGACUUCAAGAGCUCCUUCCCUAAGUGGAUCCGCGACGAGUCUCUGCCGCUUUGCACGAACCUUGAUGCGGAGGGUCUUGAGCUUCUCGAGAUGAUGCUGGUGUAUGACCCCGCUAGCCGCAUCUCGGCCAAGGCCGCCUGCAACCACCCGUACUUUGAGACCUACCCCGACCAGCACUCUGGCCAGACCAUCAGAAGCAGCGGCCGCAUCAACGGACACUACGGCAACUAGGAGUUCCCCGUGGUCCAGCGCGCGAUUCCGAUGCAGCAUCAGCGCUUCGGCCGCUUCUAAUCAUAUCACUUUUUGGUCCUUGCAUUAUACCUUCAUUACACAAGGGAGAGAGGGAAAGAGGUUUUUUCUUCGGGGGCCGGCCUAGGGCAAACAGCAGACUCAAUGAUCAGUAUCCUAUCGGGUUUUCAGGAUACUGCGAGAAUAUGCUUGUCUCCCUUUUGGUCAUUGGAGGUUCACCUACACAAAAGCAGACUUUUACCAUUCUAUCCGCUGAAGGGGGCGGGACCAUGGCCAACUGUGCAUCGGGCCAUGUUGGUAAGAGGUAACUGGGGAAUCGUGGGUAACCGGUUCGGUUCGGCACUUGGCAGUUUGACACGUCUGCGGAUGUAAGGAUGCGCACAACAGUCACACAUGAUGGGUUGUCAGGGCAUUGAGACGUUGCGACAGGAAGAGAUGAUGUGUACGUCUUGACACUUUGCGUUUGGCUCAGCGGCACAUUACACAUCGUGGGACGUGACCAUCAACCGGUUGUCCAGUCCAUGUGCCACCAGAUAACUGGGGGAGGCAGCCUUCCCCCAAGAUAACGAGAGAAAGAACAAGCAGAACAAAAACACCAUCCCACACACAAACACAAAGGAGGACAA